GGUCGCUCGUAAUGCUUCGGUGGGGAGUCUUGCCUGUAACUCAGGGAGAUGAGGAGCGAGCGAGAGAGAGAUAGAGAGAGAGAAAGAGAAAGAGAGAGAGAGAGAGAGAGAGAGGAUGAAGCGCCGCUGCUUUUCGCUGCUCUUCCUCCAUCCCUCCACACACGACCGGGGAGCUGCGGAAUAGGCGCGAGUUUCAGUCACUGCCGCGAAGACUGCGCUCCGUGGAACCGUCGUCGAGAAAGCCUGACCUCAAGACUGAUUGACAGUGAUUUAUUCAGACAGUCAUUUCUACCCAAAGACAUGGAGCACCAUUUCCUGAUGAGACUCUGGUGAGACCUGCGCAGCCCUGUCACGCCCACAGCGCCCCCUUUCGGCCCGGACGGCCCACCAUGGUCCGGCGCCUAUGAAAGGGUACCAUGUCAGCCGUAGCAUGUCCCAGCAUUCCUCCGGUGGUGGGGGAGGAGGACCCUGCCAUUGCACCCCCGAGGACUGUGAUGGCCCAGGCAGAGAGUACUACCAAGGUCACCCUGAUGGCCACUAUUACCCAGGAGGUCCGGCCGAAGCCCUGGCGUUGGAGAGGCACCAUUCCCACUCCCACUCCCACUCACAUAGCCACUCUGGUGGGGGUACAUUCCCUCGUUCCCACCCUAGCCAGCACCCAGCUCUGCAGUCAUUCGACUCUUGCGAGGAGUGCUUGUCCUCAGGCCAUGGCGGGAAGAUGCACAGGAUUCCCCCGAACUUAAUGGAUCAGUUUGAGAAGCAGGUGCCCUUUCAUCCCGAUGGCUUCCACACCCUGCAGUACCAGCGCGCUGCAAGCGGGGGCGCCGAGCAACGCAGCGAAAGCCCCUCCCGCAUCCGUCACCUCGUCAACUCCGUGCAGCGCCUCUUCGCCAAGUCCCACUCCUUGGAAGCGCCGUCGAAGCGGGAAUACAACGGCACGAGGGGAGGCGGCGAGUACCGCGGUGAGAGAGGAGGCGGCGGCCACAGGAGUGGCGGGGAGGACGGCGGGGGCCACUACUCCGGCCACCAGUCGCGCUCCACCCGCAGGAGCAAGUCCCGGGAGCGGAGCAAGAGCGGCGACUCGCGCCACGAGUCGGGCCGGCGCCACCGCAGCAGGACGGCGGGCUGGUGGAGCUCUGACGACAACCUGGACAGCGACAGCAGCUUCCUGGUGAGCGGGGGCAGGCGGGGGUACCCUAGUGGACACGAGAGCCUGGAUGCUGCCAUCCAGGAGCUCACCAUGAAGAGGCCCAAGGAUCGCGGCGGUGGGCCGGCGCCCGGGGAGUGCAUGGCUUGUACCACUAUGGCUUUAACCGGGGGCGAAGGAGGGGGGCACCACGGUCACCACGGCCACUCCCUGAAGAGGAGCACCUGGUCAGCCAUGACAGUGAGUCAGGCCAGAGAGGUGUACCCUUCAGCCAGGGGAGGAGGCUAUGAUAAAGCCCUGGUGCCCGUAGAGAGCAAGCUGAAGGAGAGGACCUUCCACUACCUGCAGGUUCCUUCAGAAGACUGGGGCGGCGGAUACGGGGGUGGAGGUGACAGCGCAGGGGAGAUUCCGUGCCGCCGGAUGCGAAGCGGCAGCUACAUCAAGGCCAUGGGUGACGACGACAGCGCUGACUCAGACACCAGCCCCAAAGCCUCUCCCAAAUCCACCCUGAUCGCUCAGAGGGACGCCUUCAGGCGAGCCAUCAGCAUGGAUCAAAGGUACUCGUGUAAACAGUGCACAGACUCCUACCCUAACAGCCGGACUACACCUAAAACCCACACCCGCUCCCGCAGCUACACCCGCUCCCUGACCAGCUCCCAGCUGGGCGACUCGUUGAACCGCCAGUUCGAGGCGGUGUGCGAGACCAUGUUCGGGGAGGUGGAGUCCCAGGCCGUGGAGGCCCUGGACCUGCCGGGCGUGUUCCGCACCCGCAGCCACAGCUACGUCCGUGCCAUACAGGCCGGCUGCUCCCAGGACGACGACUGCCUGUCCGUCUUCUCCAUGUCCGGUCCCCAGGGAAGCAUCAAGAGCGGCGCCGUCUUUCCUUAUCGUAAAGGUGCCCCCCCUCCACUCCCACCUCGCAUGUCCAAGUCUUCGCUCUCAGUGCGGGCUCAGAGCAGCACUGAGUCCACCCAGGAUGCCUACUUCCAGGGCAGCGGACAGCUGGCCCCCGGCCCGGGCCCCGGGCGCCCCAAGCAGCACAGCAACUCUGUGGACCUGGGCAGCUCCGACGGGCCUUCGGGUCGCACCUCCAGAGGAGGCUACUACACCACAACGGGCCCUCAGCGGUCUCGGCAGCACAGUAACUCAGCUGAGAGCCUGGACGGGGUCAGGGGUUCGCGGGAGCUGGUGCCGUACGGAGGGGGUCCCGGAGUAGGGGUGCGGCCCAAACACAGCAGCUCCGCGGACAGCCUCCUGGAGGGGCCGCCGAGGCCCGCCAGGGAGAGGGACAGCAGGGUGGGGGGCAGCCUGGGAAAGUCCUCCUCCCUUCCUCAGAACAGCAUGGUGCUGACUAAAGCUGUGGGGCAGGAGGAACGAGGCGCGAGAAAGUGGCGGCCAUCUAUAGCCGUGCAGGUGGACAGCUCAGAGACUCUGUCAGAUUCAGACACGGAGGGCAAAGGUCUUACAGAGGUGCACUCAAUAGGAGUCCAAGUGGAAGAUGAUAAAAGGCGAGCUCGCUUCAAGCGCUCCAACAGCGUCACGGCGAGCGUGCAGGCCGACCUGGACCCCGAGGGCUUCCCGGGGCUCAGCAUCGCCGUGCCCACGCAGGACAAGAGCCUGCAGUUCGGCUGCAGCUUCCAAAGGCACUCGUCGGAGCCCGAGUCGGCCGGCCAGUACACCGAGUGCCACCGCACGGUCCACACGCAGGGGCAGUGGGCCUACAGAGAGGAUUUUAUUCAGAGUGGCUACAACACUGAGGCCUGCCCGACAGACCCACGCCCCCACCAGCACCCACACUUACCCCCGCGCUCCCACUCCCCGCUGCCCAUCGCCUCGGAGCGCGCCUGGGCCGGCACGCCAUCCCUGGAGGGUCCCCGGAGCCUGCCGGACUCGGGCCGAGCGUCGCCCUGCAUGAGGGACGGCGAGUUCUUCCUGCGCCUCCUGCAGACGGAGGUGGAGAGGAUGGAGGGCUGGUGCCAGAACAUGGAGAGAGAGGCGGAGGAGAACGAGCUGCCGGAGGAGAUUCUGGAGCUGAUCCGUAACGCAGUUGGCAGCGCCCAGAUGCUCAUGUCUCAGAAAGUCCAGCAGUUCUUCCGCCUCUGCCAACAGAGUGUGGACCCUUCAGCCUACCCCCAGCCCACCUCUCAGGACCUGGCAGCUUUCUGGGACCUGCUCCAGCUCAACAUAGAGGACGUCAGGGUCAAGUUUCAGGACCUCCAGAGGCUCAAAGACUCGGGUUGGAGGCUCCCGCCUGAAAAGAAGGAGGAUAAGAAGCUUCCUCCUCCCUUACCAAAGAAGCCAGCAGGCGGGGUGAGCGGCGGCCUCCGGGCCGAUAGCGUCGGCGAUGGGGGCCCCGGGUGUGGCGGAGGUGGGCCGGGGGGCCUGGUGGUGCCCCGUCUCGGAGGCCACACGCUGCCCAUCCGGGAAAAGUCGCUGGACCUCGGCGACCGCCAGAGGACGGAAGCCAGGAGGAGGCUGCUACAGACUAAGAGAACCGCUUCCUUCAGGCAGAACUCAGCCACAGAGAGCGCGGACAGCAUCGAGAUUUACAUCCCCGAAGCCCAGACUCGACUCUGAACUGAACUCCGCCCACCUCCUCGAGGAGCGGACCUGUGUUUCCUGCUGCCACUCCGUCGUCAUCCCAUCCAAUCACUCUCCGCUGCUGCGAAUUCAGUUCGUUUGCUCAUUAAACAAGCAAUGAAAGCCAUUUUAGUGUCUUGAAAUUUAGAAACGAUAUCGACACGGACGCCUAGACUCCAAAUGGGAGCUCGGCUGAUUUGAGUUACACACAGUUUGAAGUACAGUAACUGAUAUUCUUUUUUUUUUUUAAUUUUGGCUUAUAGCAAACAGAUUUUUUGAUACGACAGCAGUCGGCAGAGGUUCACGCAGUAGUAGCAUGCCUGUGCGUGUUCACCCAGCACUUCGUUAUCACUCAAAAUAAAGGGCUUUACAGGCGCAAAACCUGACAGAAUCCCCCGCUAUGGAUCCGUGAUGCCAUUUGCAGUGGACUCACCGCCUGAAUCACAAGGAGUGUCCAUGAGUUCCUGGAUGAAUCUCGCCAUCACUUUAAAUGCCCUUAAAGUCACAUGGCUGGCAAUGCCCAAAGAACAUCAACUACAGCUGGCACCUUUCACCAUCUGUCCACCCAGGCGCUCGGCCGGCUGAUGGAAAACGCCUCGCGCCUCUCUCCCCUCCGUUCUACACGCCUAGCACGUCCAACCCGGCUGUCUGAAUGUGCGAAUGCUGUCUGUACAUAGUGUCGCCACUCGAGUGUAGCACCGCAGCCCUGACCGGUAGAGACACGCUCGGUGGGGUUAGUGAGCGGCUUCGGGGGAGCUGCCUUUAAAGGCUUUUCGGGACCUCGCUGAGGAGACUCCUCUUUUCACUGUGAGACUGCAGCUCCACCAAGUGGUCUGGGGAGAACCCCGUCACCGGUGGCCUGCAGAGAGCUCAGGGGUUCGGAGACACCCUGACGAAACGCUCACGAAGGAAUCAGCUUCUUCAUUCUCUUCAUCUUCCCCCCGACCCACAACCUCCUUUUAAAUAUCACUUGAUUGAACUUUCCCGUGAUUUUUCUGCAUCAUUAAAAACCUAAAAAGCUGCCCGAUCUUCGGCAGAGUUCACUCGCCUAACUUGAAGUGCAGUCCUCUCAGUGUGACACGCUGCUAAAGAGAUGAUGCAGCGUUUCUGCGAUGAAACAAAAGGAGUCAUCCACCCCCGCCCCCCCACAACCCUUUCCAAAGAGUCAUCAAAGAGAGGACGUCGCUGUGUGAAAUAAUAGAAAUCAAACAAGUAGAUAUUUGAGCUGUGAGAGAAACCAGACUGUAUGUUCGUUGCACUGUUUGUUCCUUUUACCUUCAACCUACCGAAAUGACACAGCCUGAUGUUUUCACUGAACAAUUUGAAGAAGUGUCUCAUUCACAGAUUUGGUGUUGAAGUCUUUUGUACGGAUGCGGUGCACGAGCUCGUUUGGGCGCGCGUGGCGUGAACGUGAAGGGCCGCGCGUCGGAGCCCCGGCAACACUAAAACGUCCAAACUAGCCAUUUGAAAGACAAGAAAAAUCACCAGAUAUUUGAAUCUUUAAGCAUGACCUUCAUUUCUUUUCUAACCUUUGGAUGGAACAUGUUGUUUAAAUGGGAUAUUUUAAUGGGAGAUGUAUAUUUUAUAGUAUAAUCUACGUUUCUAGGUUAGUGGAUACUUGAGUACAAUUACAGAAGCAUAUAUCAAAUGUGAAAUACUACAGUAUUAUUAUGAUAGAUUCUAGCCUUGUGUGAUACUACAGCUGUGUGAGCAUAUCCAGACUCAGUACAUAUGAAAAACGUGUUCAAAUGGUCAUUAUCUUCAGUUUGUGAAUGCUGGGUCGGGUUCACAGGGUACAACUGGCAAGUGUGGUAAUUGCCAAGUACGAUCCUCCUUAGGCCUACUGUAUAUUGUUCUGUGGUUCUAACAACGUAUACUACUGUAUCCCUGAUUUGUAUUUCCUCUUAGAACCAACUACAUGUGCCUAACCAGCUAUAUGUGGAGGUUUCCUUUGAACACAGUUUACAGUACGUAUAAAUAUAUAUAGCGAGAGACAGAUGUGUAAAUAGAAACCUAUCAAAUCUGCAGAGAAUAUUGUUAAAGAAAAUGUUUUAUUGUAUUGACAUGCAAUCCUUCGUCUCCCUCAUCUCACUUGCAAUACACAUACAAGGUUGGCAGAUUUUGUUCUUCUUCACACUGCAUGCGACCUCCUUUUGAAAUGUCUGGCAGAAUUUCAUUUUAGAUAAAAGGAAAAAAGCUAAUUUUGUAGCUUAUAAACUUUUUUUUUGAGUUUGAAAAUAACUGAAGGGAUUUUUUUGGAUGCGGCUAUUUCAACGCGUCACGUCUUUGUGUAUUAUAAACUUGGGAAGGACAGCGGCAACCGGAGACCUUGAAGCAACAAUCAGCUUUCUGAUUUGACGCUCGACGGAUCGAUUCGACGGCCUCAGCGUUACACAAGCUGGCCUGGCGGAGGCAAAAAAAAUAAUAAUAAUAAAAACAUAAAGGGCUGAGAGUUGAAUUCACUUGCAGCAUGUGGGUUGCAGAGCAGCCUUUUAUCCUCUCGUCUCCUACCCUCAAACUUGACGGCAUCUCAGCAGCGUUUGACACGGUCCUCAUCGAACAAAGCACAACGACCUGCUUUUAUACUGUUACUGCACUGUGAAGGACUCUUGACUCCACCCUCACAGUCCUCAAAAUGUACACACGGAGGGAUGGCGAGGUCUUUCCAAGACGGGACGCCCUUGAGGGAGACGCCGGGGCUUUAAGAGGCUUUGUUGGAUCCUUUUCAAACGUAGCAACUACUACUUUUCUUGGACUCUCACUGACUUUCUCCUCUGUAACUGUAAUCACAAGCUGAGGUGUUAGCCAGCCACCUUGCCUUGCAACAGGUCCUUUGUAAACACACUUGUGGUGGUUGUGAUUUCCAUAGCUUUUGUUCCGUGUUUCCUCCAUCCAUCUGUUCCUCAAAGCAUCCGCCGCAGUAUAACACGGAGGCCUCCGCUCAAACUAGCAACCAGUUGUGUUAAGCAGUCAUUGCAGACACGAUCCAACACCAGACAGACUACUAUUGGAACCCUUUCACCUCUUUCUAAAAGUGCAACAAGGGGCCGUGCCGGACGGAUAAGUCACCUCUGAGUACCUCAGUUUCUAGCAGCAGUGUCUCCAACCCUGACCCAGGCCUCUGUCCUCAGGAGAUUCUCUAGCACCGCGAAACCAACAGACCCUGAGCCUCCAGGGCUGGAGCCGGAGCGGCCCUGCAGCCGCCCCCCAGGGAUGUUGACCAUAUUCUCAGAACAAAGGGGCGGGACGCUGUUCGAGCCCAUGUUGUCCAGUAGCCAUUUACUGAGACUGGAGGGACGCAUGCGGGGGUGACUGUAGCCGAUGUGUGUGAAGCUCAUCUGGAACGAAGUGGUGCAAGUGGGAUGUUGUAGCAGCAGAUUUGAGUUUUAGUUUGACGUUUCUCAGAGGCAGAGCUGCUCUGGAGGGAAAGUCGGCUCGUCAUCCCAGCAAUUUACCAGCAAUUAUUGGCAUUUGUAGAAACAUGACGGCUUUGAAUCAUGUUCUGAAAUAGGUCUUUUCUCAAAAUUAUUUUCCUGAUCUAAUAUUUAUAUAACAGAUGUUUACAGCAAUGGAAAAUACAGUUAUUUAACAUAUCAGACACAGACGGUGCAUUUGUGAUCAUCCAAAUAUACCAUAUCUACUAUUACUAGGAUCUAUUAUCCAAACUGCUUAAUUCAGUAAUUCUGAGGUGACGCCGAUGCAAUGCCUUCCAUCGAUCUUGUCUAUCUACAGCAUAACAUCCUGUUUCUUUUCAAGUGAACUAUUCAAUUUUGCAGUUCAAUCCAGACUCCAGUCUUAUUUUAACUGUUAAGUUUGCAUUCAGGCACUCGCAGAGUUGCGUUAAGGUCAGGGAAAGAUUGUGGGCUGACUUGAAACAGGUCCAUCCCACGGUCACAUCACAGACGGCAUCAGCUCUGAACCUCAACAAAAACACAAUCUUUCUCUACUGUAACUCUGAACAAAGUGCCUCUCUCCCCUAAACCCAACGCCACACAGAAACUCAGGUCUGCGGUUCGCCAGUCUCUCAAAUUGUUAUUUCCACAAAAUAAAAGCUGUGGUUUCCCCAGAGGAAAGGUUGGUUUAAACCAACCGCCACUGACAGUAAACCCUCAUUUUAAUCUGUUGACGUUGUACCAGAUGUGCUUACGUUUGGUUUUCCUCAGAGCCGUUGUGGUUCCCUUUACCUCCAGAGCAGCUCAGAACCAAGACGAUGUUAAACUGAAACUCCAAUGUGCCUUUAACACUGAGGUGCAAUUGUGUUUUUAUGUGUGUGUGUGUGUGUGUGUGUGUGUGUGUGUGUGUGUGUGUGUGUGUGUGUGUGUGUGUGUGUGUGUGUGUGUAUUAACACUGUAAUGUCGCUUUACAGUAAACACACAGGUAACUCAUGUGGAUCAGAGACAACGGAGCAAUUACUAUGUAAUUAGCAGAAACUAUCAUACCCUGUCACGCUCAUGUUUACAGAACUGUUCAUACAUGUUGCCAACGGACACUGCUCCUCUAAAUACUACAUAUAUUGUUAUUACAAUAUAAUUAUUAUUAGUAUGAUUAUUGACAUUAAAAUGAUUAAAUGUUGCCAUCACGCUCAUUAUUAUUAAUGGUGUUGUCGAUUAUUAGCUAUGGGUAAACAUUGUUCUGUAUUCAAAGGAGAGUCUUGUGUACAAUAACAAAAAAUUGUAGUUUAUUCUUUGAUGGAAGGUUUAAAAUCGCUGCUACUAAGGAGAUGGAGUAAAGGAAAAGCAAACUGACAAUAACUCUGGGAAGACUUUUUAUUUCUCUGGGAUGAAUGAUGGACACUGGUGUGAGGAGUGAGAGACCUUGAGGGAAGGGAGCUCCAAACAGAUGGACUGAAGGGACGAUCCAAACUUUAGAUCUUCUUCCUCUGCGUGCUUUUAUCCCACUCUGAACUCUCAGCUGUGCCAGAGAAAGACAAAUACCAUCAACCCGAUGCAGAUCCUCCGCUCUCUGUAUUCUACUCUGCAAUGUAGCAAAACCUUUAUAGCCCCAUCUCUGUGUCCACUCCUCUCCUCUUCCGUCUCGCCCACACGGGUUUGACACAGCGAGCUUUUCUGUCUUUGAGCUCAGCUUCACAUUUAAGUUCUCUUUGUUUUCUCUCCAUUUGAUUCAGUGCCAAGACAGCAUAUUGUACAUAGAAACAUUGCUUUUGUUGUUUUCUCCUUUUACAAAACAGCAUAUAGCAAUAGAGAUAAUAUAAGAUAUGAAUUUUUCAUAGCGUCACCACUGGACACACGACACACGAGAACAGUUUGAAUUAGUGCUGGACAACAGUGAACGGUGUUGCACAGUAACGUGAAAAAUCAUGAUUCUUUGUUGUGUUGUAGUUCUGAUUUUUUUUACAUUUAUUUAUGGAUCUCGUAUCUUCUAUGGGUCUAGAUGUGCCCAACAAGCACGUCUGAUAGCUCUGAAGCCCAGAGAGAUGGCACACUGUGACGUGGUUUACCCCAACACAGAAUGUAACACUGUCAACGUUGUCAAAACAUUUUCUAAUGGCUAAUAUUAUUACUAUUAAUGAUUAUUAUAAAGCUAUUUUAGCGAGUUAAAAGAG